AUGUAUUUCUUCCUCAGCAGCCUGGCUUUCUUGGAUAUUUGUCUUAUAUCAUGCACUGUCCCCAAACUGCUCGCUAUACUGGUUUACAACCACAGGACAAUCUCUUUAUCUGGAUGCAUUGUGCAGCUUUACUUCUAUCUGUCAUUUGGAACUAUAGAAAUGUAUCAUUUGGCUGUCAUGUCAGUGGAUCGGUAUGUGGCAAUCUGUCUUCCACUGAGGUACCAUUCAAUCUUCACCAACAGGGUCUGUCUAUGGUUGGUACUAAUAGUUUGGAUAUUUGGAUUUAUUACUUGCAUCUAUCCCAUAAUGUUAACUUUUGAUUUGUCUUUCUGUGGUCCAUAUGAAAUCAAUCAUUUCUUCUGUGAUAGUUCAGCCUUAGUGAAGAUCAGUUGCUCUGAUGUAAGGCAGAUUGAUAUGGUUUGUGCCAUUUUUGCCUCAGCUAUCAUUUUGGGCUCUUUCUUUCUCACCUUAAUUUCUUAUUACAACAUUCUCAUCACCGUACUAAUGAUACCAUCCACCAGUGGCAAAAUCAAAGCUUUCUCCACUUGCACAUCUCACUUCACUGUGGUCACAAUAACUUAUGGCAGUUCUAUCUAUAUUUAUGUACGAUCAGUAGAAAGUUCCUCCCUUGACUAUAAUAAAACUGUUGCACUUCUGAACAGCAUAAUGACUCCAGUACUUAAUCCAUUUAUAUACAGCCUGCGAAAUAAACAAGUCCAACAAGUCUUCCGUGAUGUGAGGUUAAAGAUUGUUCCCCACAGAAGAUUGUUUUUGUAA